AAACAUCGUGUUUGAAUCAUUGAAUUUUUUUAAAAAAUCAAAAAAAUGUGCUGUUCAUGUUCAACGUGUACAUUUCUCACAUUAUUCAUAUCAUCAGUCAUUUUGACCACGGUAGUUAUUUGCUAUUAUGAAGGAGCUCGAAUGCAAACAUUUCUUAGGGAUAUGGUCGAUUCAAUUUACUAUAAUAACGAUGAUUAUUAUGAUGGAGGGGAUUAUUCAUGAAUCGAGAAGAGAAAAAAAAAUUUUAACCUUUUCUUUUGCUUUAAAACAAAAUAAAAAACAACACACUGUCAACACAAAACUUUUUGUUUUAUCGGCUCAAAUUUUAUUCAUUACCGUUUCCGGUGUUUAUAUGUUUCAAAAUGAUCCAAAUAGUUUGAUUAUGACGGAAAAUUUCUUGGGCAAAUUAUUUGCCAUUAUCAAUAUGGCAAGUGAACAGUCCUUUAGUUAUUUGAUACGUACAAUUGACCAAAACAAUUUGAAUAACAACAACAACAACAACAAUGAUGAUAUAAUGAUGAUGGCCGAUAAUCCACGUAAUAAAAAACAACAAUUGAUCACUAAUAUUGAAAAUUUAGAUCCAUUACAAUCAUCAUCAUUAAUGUUGGAUGAAUUGGAUGCUGAAAUGGAAUCAACACCAACACCAGCACCAGCAACAACAACAACAACAAUGAGAAUUCAAACAAAAGUCAAAAAUAGACAAAAAAAUAAAUCAAAACCAAAAAAUGAAUGAUCGAUUAAUGGGUUACCGAUGGACAAAACGAGAAACAAAAACGAAAAUCGAACGUUCAUUGUUUUUUUUUUCAUCCAGAAAUCGCACAACAAUUUUGGGCGCACAAAAAACGAUCAACGAACAACAAAAAAAACCAUAAUAAUAAUCAGAGCGAAACGAACCAUGUAUUAUUCUUUUUUUUUAUAUACAAA